AGCUCCUCCUCCCUCUCUGAAACUGUUCAGUUAAUCAUUAAAAAACAGUAUUCCUGCCCCUAUUGGUUAUUACAGUUUUGUCCACUGUGAGCAAUAAUAAUUUUGUGUAAUUCAAUUAUCAGGCACAAUUGCAGGACAUAUUUCAAUAUAUUUAUUUACGGUUUGACAAUCACGCUUGCUACUGCUGCCUACAGCUAACCGAUGAUGACGCUAUAAAUGUGCGACCCGGACCGUAAAGUUUGGAGAUAAGGUUCUGUCCUGUGUGUUUAACAAAAACUAGAAGUGUUUUCUGGCCUGAAUUGCAUACGACAUGGAUAUAUGUCAUUGUAAUAUGUAUUAUAAUGAAUAACGUAUUAAAUAACUUUAAAAAAAAAAAAAAAAAGAUCGCUGUCAUGUUUCAACAAGUUGGCUGUGCAUGCAGUAUUUUUUGCGCAGCUACUAUAAACAAUACAUCUUUUGCUUCAUAAACCUGAGACAGGUAGCAAAUUCUUCUAUUUCACUAUAAAGGAACAUACUCCUGACUUUCUACAAACUCUUAUUUACUUAAUAAUUGUGAUUUAGUAACUUUUUUUGCGGUGAAUGCUUGCUCGAUUCUGCUGCUGUAAUUAAUUCCGCCUGACUGGUCCCUCUUCUAUUAUGUUCCCCAGUGAAAUAGCAUUACCUACUCAUCGUUCCGUUUUGCACUGGAAGUUGUACUCGUGCUCGAGUUUAUUCAGAAGAAAUUCAGAAAUUCUGCUUUAAUUUAUUUGAAUAAAACAUUUUCCGAGAUGCGAUCAGAUAACACAGAAAGCGAUGUGAUGAACGGAAGUUUCCUCCAGCCCUCGGACAGUGAGCUUCAGAGAUGGAUGUCCAGUGCGUUUAUCAUGGCGAAAGAAGCUCUGGAAAGUGGAGAGGUGCCUGUUGGAUGUCUGCUGGUUUACAACAACAUGGUUUUGGGCAAAGGAAGGAAUGAGGUGAAUGAAACCAAAAAUGCCACACGUCAUGCAGAAAUGGUGGCACUGGACCAGGUGUUGGAGUGGUGUUCUCACAGGGAGCUGGACCCUAAGGAGGUGUGUAAGUGCUGUGUUCUCUACGUGACGGUCGAACCCUGCAUCACUUGUGCAGCUGCACUGCGUCUGCUGAACAUCCCCCUGGUCGUAUACGGCUGUAAGAACGAGCGAUUUGGUGGCUGCGGUUCAGUGCUGGACGUCUCCUCGGCUGAUCUUCCUCACACUGGAACAGCUUUCAAGUGUAUUCCAGGCCACAGAGCGGACGAAGCUGUGGACAUGCUGAAGACCUUCUACAAGCAAGAAAAUCCUAAUGUGCCGAAGCCGAAGGUACGGAAAGAUGGCAUGGGUCCAGCAGGGGGCAGUGUGACCACACACACACGGAAGCAUGAGGGUGAUGGAAAAAUGGCUGCUUCAGACUGAAACGGAAAAAUAAAACCCACCAUUUCCUUUUCCUCCACUCACAGACUGCACAAGUAUGUGGUCUGAACUUUUUUUUUUUUUUUAAGUACGAUUCCACUUCCUCCUCCUGUUCUUUCUGUCCUGAUGUAUAAACUCAGAUGCCGAAAACAUGCCUGAGUUUCUGAAUAAACUCUGAGAACUGCACUGACUGGAGAGUUCAGAAGUUAACACGUGAGUGAAGAUCAGGCGACGCAGCAGGAACAUCAGUGUUUCUCCAGAUCAUCUGAAGGUCCGGAAUAUUCACACCUGAAGCACACACACUAGAGUUCCUGCUCUGGGUGAUAGAGUUAGUUUGGAUAAAGGUGUUGAUUUAAAUGCUGCCAUUUUAAACAGGAGCAGGAGAACAUGAGCUGUGAUCAAACUGUGACGUGAGAGAGAACAUCUUCAUAUAAUCCUACAGCUGCUUCCCGGAGACAUGUGCUGUGUUUAUCAGGGAGACGUCUGCAGUUAUUACUCUGCACUUUAUUAAACCUGUCUAAUAAAACAUCUCUGAACAGUUUGAAGCAGAAUCUCACGGCAUUAUCAAAGAGGAUUCAAUCAGAUGCUCUGCUUUUAUUUCUUUAUGGUGCUGCAGUGUUUUGAUUUCUUCUGAUGAUGACUCAAACAUUCAAAGUACACUUAGUCAUGAACAUCUCUCUCUCUCUCUCUCUCUCUCAUACACACACACACACACUCUCUCUCCCUCCCUCUCCCUCUUUCUCUCUCUCUCUCUCUCUCUCUCUCUCUCUUUCAUACACACACUCUCUCUCUCUCUCUCUCUCUCUCUCUCUCUCUCUCUCUCACACACACACACACACACACACACACUCAAUCUCUCACCCUCUGAUCUGUGCCUCUAAAGCCUGAAGUCAUUGAGUCAGUAGUGUUGAGGAAGUGUAGUGUAUAAGGUUUCUGGAGAAACAUCAUGUUAGGAACAGAAGUCCUGUGUCAGCUGUGUGAAUAAAGCGCCUCAGAGGCUGUGGUGAAAACAUUGAUGUUAAAGUGAACAUUUUUGCUAAUGCGUGGUUUGUGCUGUUCUGUCAUUUAUGUGCUGCUGCUUCUUCUUUCGUUCAAUUUUCACAUGAUUACAUCCCAUAAUUUCUAACAGGACCUGGUUUCAGGCAACUUGUGACAGAGCAUGAUGUCAUGGAGCAAAUAUUCAAUACUUAAUGGGUAAAUUGUGGCAAUAAAGUGAUAUUAAAGG